AUGAUGCGCAUUUGUAUAUUACUUCUUCUUCUUUGGACAAUUCCAUCUGAUCGAGACGUUAAACGUCUUGACCUUUUCCCACAAUAUAAUUAUCAAAGUCUUUAUCAAGAUUCUUUCGGAAUGUCUCAAUCGAAUGCAACUGAUGUUUGGUCUCAACAGAGUCAGGUCGUGUUUCUUGCUGCUAUCUCACUUGCCGAUCAAUACAAUAUUAAACUUAAUAAUCAGACAAUUUCAGGUGAUAUUAUUGGAACAAAUAAUGAUGAAAAUGAACAUGCUGUACUUAAUCGCGUCUGUUAUUAUAUAUCAACUCAACGUUCAAAUAUCGUUGGAAUCGUUGGUUCAGCUACAUCAAAUAAUGCACGUUUUAUCAGUCCAUUUGCUGCUCAGAUUAAAUUACCAGUCGUUUCGUUUAGUGCAACAAAUGCUGAAUUUUCUGAUACACGCCGCUAUCCAAAAUUCUAUCAAAUUGUUCCAUCGGAUUUUUUUCUUGCUCGUACCAUCGUUCAACUGUUUAAAAGAUUCAACUGGACAACAUGUACAAUAGUUAUUCAAAAAGAUGAUUAUGGUUAUGGUGGACUAAACAUAUUGUCAGAAUAUUAUAAUCGAAAUAUUACUAUCAAGGAACGAUUAACAUUCGACGGGAAAGAUUUUAAUGAUAAUUUGAAGAAAAUAUUGCUCCGAAGUCGAUCGAAAAUUGUACUCGUUUGA